CCACAGACUGAGCCCCUGUUCUGUUCUGGAGGACCACCACAGACUGAGCCCCUGUUCUGUUCUGUUCUGGAGGACCACCACAGACUGAACCCCUGUUCUGUUCUGGAGGACCACCACAGACUGAGCCCCUGUUCUGUUCUGGAGGUCCACUGAGGCUGUUCCACACAUGGACCCACUCCUGCUGCGGCUCUGACGGACGGAGCCCAAUGCUACAGCUAGCUUAAAGGCAGAGCUUCAGGAGCCAUGGGGAGCAAGGAGGAGCUGGAGGAGAGGUUCAGGAAGCUGGUGGUGAGGCUGAAGAGCCCACAGGAGGACAGACAACUGUCCACACUCAUCCAGAUCAUCCAGGAUCUACUUUUCCUGGCGCACACUGACUAUGCUGCUGACCUGUUUGAAGACAAGGACGUCCACUGCCCGCUUAUAGUGGUGCUGUCAUCCUACAUCAGCAGCCGCGGAGUCCAGCAGGUGGGUUGGUCUCUGCUGUGUCGGCUGAUCGAAAUAUGCCCUGGUACGCUGGACAAGCUGACUGCUCCUCUGCACGCAGCCAAAGACUGGGAGGUACUGGGAGUGCACCAGCAGAUCUUGAGGGUCCUGUCCCAGUUCAGAGCAGACUGUAAGGUCACCAUGGUUGGACUGCGAGCGCUGGCUCUCCUGCUCAGAUCAGUCAUGAUCCCUCUGUUGGUGCUGGAGGAGGAGGAGGAGGAUGUGUUUGUCCUGGUGGUGCAGGCGAUGAAGACAUUUCCUACAAGUGAAGAGGUGCAGCUUCAGGGCUGUGGAGCGCUGCAGGUUCUCCUGGACAGAGUGAGUGAAGACCAUCUGGUGGAGUUCAUGGAGAACCAGGACCAUGUUGUGGUGCUUAGUGCUCUGCAGAGGUUCCCUGACAGCCCAGAGCUGCUCCUGCAGGGCCUGAAGGUGCUGCUCCCACUGGCUCGACCUGGCAGUAACGUGGAAGUGUUGAUGUCAGGAGGCGCUCGGUGCUACAGCGUGAUCAUUGCUGCGAUGGACGCCUUUCCUGAGGUGGAGGAGCUGCAGGAGGUUGGCUGCUGUCUGUUCAGAAGGUUUACAUCAGAGACUUACUACAACAUAUUGGUGCUGAACGGCGUCCAGAGGGUGGCGGUUCGAGCCUGUGAGACUUUCCCGGACAACGCUGCACUGCAGGCGGCCGCUCUGUCCUGCCUGGCUGACCUGACUGCAACCAUAGUGCAGAGCAAGGCGGUGGCAGCGCAGGGUCUGGAGGACGGCGAGGAGGAGGAGAACCGGGGCAGGGAGGAGGUGGACGACAUGGGUCUGGGCUGGAUGGAGGUCUGCUGUACAGCACUGGAGCUCCACGCUGCAGAACCAGCAGUUCAGGAAGCUGCGAGCUGGGCCAUUCACAAUCUGUUACUGCACGGAGCAGGACUGACCCCUUCAGAGGAAGACCAGGAGGAGAGGACUCCAGUUCACAGACAGCUGAUGGCGGCCAUGUUGGUGCACUCGUCCUCCACCAAAGUGUUUGAAGCUGCUACCAGCGCUAUCGCCACUCUCAUCACACACAACAAUAAAAUGCGUGUGCUGCUGCUGUCCAGUGGCCUCCAUGUCAACUUAGUGGAGAUGAUGAAGAGACACUCGACCUCAGUAGAAGUUUCCAUCAGUGCAUGUAAACUGCUCAGCCUGCUGUUCCAGGGAAGGUCGGCCAGUCUGGAUGAGCUGAACAUGGCCAUGAGUCAGAUCCUUUGCACCAUGAAGGUCCAUAACUUCCAGCCUGAGGUUCAGCUGGAGGCGCUGCAGGCCAGUCUGGUCUUCCUCUGCCCAGACAGGAGUUUACAAGAGCACGGCGUCUCAGUUUCAGACCCCGACACGGCCGACGUGUCACUGAAGGUUCUGAAGAACCAGUGUGUGGUGGAAGGAGCUCACACUCUGUACCUGGAGGUCCUGAACAGGUUCAUCAGCAGCUCGUCCAUCCAGACGUGUGGUCUGAAGGUGCUGUCUGCUCUGGCCGACUGCUCCGGUGCAGUGGACCUGCUGUGCCAGCAGGGGGCCAUCGACACAGUUCUGCAUACCUUACAGAUGUUCCCACAGGAGCGAGAGAUACACUACCAGGGUCUGACCCUACUCAACUACCUCGUGACAAAGAAGAAGCUGUCGAGGAUGAUCGUACCUGUUCUGGCCUCUGUUCUGGUUGCUUCAUUAAUCCAGUACAAAGAAGACGCCGAGAUGCUGCUGAAGUGCUUUCAGGUGGCUCUGAGGAUGUUGGACGCCUGCUCAGGCGCUGCUGCUCAUCUGCAGAAACAAAACUUCGACAGGCAGAUCUUCCAGUAUCUCAGAGAGGACGCUUCAGACCAGAGCAACAAUCAACUGCGUAGGACUGUGUGUCUGGCUCUGUCCAAGAUGUGGAUGGACUCAGAGUUACACUACAGCAUGUUGGAAAAGGCCUGCGAGGACGGAGACACCGUGAUGGCAGAGUGUCUGAUCGAACUGGGAGCCGACAUCAACAAGAAGACCAAAUCUGAAUCUUUAAUUUACCAGGUGUGUGAGCGAGGCGGACCGCUGGAGCUGGUGGAGCUGCUGCUGAGCCGCGGAGCCCAUGAACAGCACCUGCGCAGGGCUCUGGUGGUGAGCGUGAAGCGGGGCGACGGGCCCACGGUCAUCCAGCUGCUGGGCCGCCUGGGUCUGGACCUCAACAACAGCUCCCUGUGCCUUGGGGGCUUCAGGCUGUGCCGCCUGGACGCCGCCUGGCUCAGCCCCCUGCUGGCGGAAAGAGGCAGGACGCACAGUCUACGGUUCAACAACAGUAAAGGCAUGAGUCUGGCCCGAUACAUUCAGUCUCUUCAGAGGUCCAAGAGCGUCAGUGGGCCCCCCAGGACGCUCGCUGACCCCUGUCUGACCUCUGGCUACAUUUCGGACGAGAGCGACGACUCCAGCUUCAGCUUCGUCUCCAUGGACGACUGCCUGUUUCUGAAUGACGACAUGGAGAGCGAUGGCAGUGAUUCGCUGUCAGGGGCGCUGUCUCCAAAGCCUCAUAAUAAUUCAUCGGAGGAGCUGAGGGGGGGCUCCAUGAUACGGAAGCAGGGACGUCGCAGACACGCCAGCGCUGAGAGUGGGCAGACUGAGAAUGACCACUCUGAGCCUUUACACAGGAAGUAUGGAAGGACCGGCUCCGUCCAAAAAGUGUUUGGUGAGAAUUCCACCGCUUCACCCAAAGAGAAGGAGAGGAUCCGACUGUUAGACCUGUCUGGAAAUGAGUUGUCCUCCGUGUCGUGUCUGAUGGACGACGUCAGCGUCCAACAGCAGCUGGAACAUCUCCUCCGCCUGGACCUGAGCCACAACAGUCUGAUGGAGUUCCCCUCGGCGCUGUGUCAGAGUUUAAGGAGUCUGACUCGGCUGGACCUGCAGGGUAACCAGAUCCAGUCUCUGCCGGUCCAGCUGCUGGCGCUGCCGUCGCUCAACACGCUUAAUGUCUCUCGCAACCGCGUGGGCCCUCUGCUGACCUUUGACCCCUCCAUCACCUGCCCUUCUUUGAGGCACCUGAACCUUUCCUUUAACCAAAUCACCACCUUCCCAGAGGAGCUGGGCUGGGCCGUGGAGCAGCUGGAGGAGCUGUUCAUCGAAGGUAACAGUAUAACUGAGCUCUGCACUCCGCUGUGUCUGCCUGAGAUCAAACUGCUCGACGUGAGCAAAAACAGCCUGGAGAACAUUUCCCCUGUCUUCCUGAGUGACUGUCCCAAACUGGAAACCUUCAACGCAUCCAUCAACAAACUCUGUGUCCUGUCACACCUACCACCAAAGGUAACCACACUGAAACUUGCCAACAACAACUUCACCUAUGUUUCUGAGGCCAUACUCGAUCUCCCAAACUUGCGGUCCGUGGACAUGAGAAACAACAGCAUCGCUGUUCUGCCGGGCCCUGGAUUCUGGGCGUCCAACAACCUCCGAGAGCUGAUGUUUAGUCAGAACUGCAUCGGAGCUUUGGAUCUGAGUGGACAGAUCUACAGAUGGGCUCGCCUGGAGAAACUCCACCUGAGUGACAAUAAACUAACUGAGAUCCCCCCACAGAUCGGACUGUUGGAAGGUUUGACGUCUCUGGAUGUGAGCCGUAACACUGGCCUACGCUCUUUCCCAGAUGAGAUGGGGAAACUGGGCCGACUGUGGGACCUGCCGCUGGACGGCCUUCGACUCCAGCUGGACCUCAAACUCAUCGGCAGUAAAACCAAAGACAUCGUCAGGUUCCUGCAGCAGCGGCUGAAGAAGGCCAUGCCGUACUACAGGAUGAAGCUGAUCGUGGUGGGGAACGCUGGCAGUGGGAGGACCACCCUGAUCCAACAGCUGAUGAAGCUGAAGCGUUCCCAGCUCAACUCCAAACAGACGGCUGUCGGCGUCGAUGUCAAGGACUGGUGUAUUCGGGAACGUGACAAGAAGAAAAUGGUGCUAAACGUCUGGGACUUCUCAGGUGGAGAGGAGUUCAGUGGCUCUCAUCCUCACUUCCUGACCUCCAGAGCCCUCUACCUGGUGGUUUACAACCUGAGUAAAGGAGCCAGUCAGGUGGAUGCGCUCAAACCGUGGCUCUUCAACAUCAAAGCUGUGGCUCCACUGUCCCCGGUGAUCCUGGUGGGGACCCACACCGAUGUGAGCGAUGACCUGCAGCUUCAGGCCUGUUUGACCAAGAUCAGAGAGGAGCUGCUGAACCACCAGGGCUUCCCCGCCAUCAGGGACUACCACAUGGUUUCUGUGUGCGAGGACUCGGACUCCAUCGCCAAACUCCGUAAGGCCAUCGCCAGGGAGGUCACCAACUUCAAGAUCCAGGGCCAGCCGGUCAUGGGUCAGCUGGUUCCUGACAGCUACGUGGAGCUGGAGCGCCGGAUCCUCCAGGAGAGGACCAGAGUCCCCCCGGAGUUCCCCGUCCUCAGACACCAAGAGCUGCUGCAGCUCAUCCAGGAGAGUCAGCUGCAGCUGGAGGAAGCCGAGCUGCCCCACGCCGUCCACUUCCUCAGCGAAGCCGGGGUUCUACUGCACUUUGAUGAUCCUGCACUUCAGCUUCAAGACCUGUACUUUAUCAAACCUCAGUGGCUGUGCAACAUCAUCUCCCAGAAACUGACGUUGAAGAGCUGUGGCCUCCGGGAGCAUCCUAAAGGAGUGGUCCAGCGCUCAGUGGUGGAAAAGUUUCUGUCUGAGACCAAAUGUUUCCCAAAGAGCCACUUGACGCAGUUCUUCAAACUGCUGGAGAAGUUCCAGAUCGCUCUGCCCUUUGGGGAGGACCAGCUUCUGAUACCCAGCAGUUUGUCCAAACACAGACCGGUCAUAGAGCUGCCUCACUGUGAGAACUCGGAGGUGAUUGUGCGUCUGUAUGAGAUGCCCUACUUCCCCAUGGAUUACUGGUCUCGACAGAUCAGCCGCCUCCUGGAGGUCUCCUCCUUUUUACUUUGUGGGAGAGAGAAAAUGGUUCGACCAAACCGGAUUUACUGGAGGAGAGGUCUGUACCUGAGCUGGUCUCCAGAGGCCUACUGCCUGGUGGAAGCCGCCUCAUUGGAGGACAGUCCGUCCAGCUUCGUCAGGAUAACAGUACCGUCUUCACGAAAAGGCCGGGUGCUGCUGGGGCAGGUGGUGGACCACAUCGACUCCCUCCUGGAGGAGUGGUUUCCUGGGCUGCUCAACACAGACAUGCACGGCAGUGGGGAGGCCCUCCUGAAGAAGUGGGCUCUGUACAGCUUUGAGGAUGGCCACGAGUGGAAGAAGAUUCUACUGGAGGACCUCUUCACCUACUUCAACAACGAUUUCCUGCUGGUGAACCCAGAGGACCCUCGGUGCACUCUUCCCAUUUCUCAGAUCGCUCCUGACCUGGUGCUGAGCGACCAGGCGGCAGGAACCAUCCUGGACAGCGAGGAGCUGAAUGUGGACCUGUCAGUAGAGAACCGACUGGGGGACGGCGGCUUUGGCACCGUUUACAGAGGCGUCUAUAAAAAUGAAGACGUUGCUGUUAAGAUCUUCAACAAACAUGCGUCUGAGCUGUACAUCUACCGUCUGCUGAGACAGGAGCUGGCGGUGCUCGGCCGUCUCCGCCACCCCAGCCUGGUGGGUCUGCUGGCGUCCGGCUCGGCUCCGCAGGUCCUGGUCAUGGAGCUGGCUCUGCGAGGAUCACUGGACUCGCUGUUUGAGCGUGAGAACGGCAGCCUGAACCGAAAACUCCAGCACAGAAUCGCACUGCAGGUGGCAGACGGACUCAGAUACCUCCACUCAGCCAUGAUCAUCUACCGUGAUCUAAAGCCCCAUAACGUCCUCCUCUUCAACCUGAAGACCGACUCUGAGGUCAUCGCCAAAAUCACCGACUACGGCAUCGCUCAGUACUGCUGCAGCAUGGGAGUGAGGAGCUCCGAGGGCACGCCAGGUUUCCGAGCGCCGGAGGUGGCCCGCGGUAACGUGAUCUAUAACCAUCAGGCUGAUGUGUUCUCCUUCGGCCUCCUGCUCUAUGACCUCCUGACCUGCGGGGAGAGAAUCUCUGAUGGCAUGAAGUUCCCCAGUGAGUUUGAUGAAAUCGCAGUGCAGGGAAAACUGCCAGACCCGGUGAAACACUACGGCUGCCCCCCCUGGCCCGGCUUCCAGGCUCUGAUGAAGGACUGUCUGAAGGAAAGCCCUCAGCUCCGACCCACGUCUGCUCAGGUGUUCGACAGGCUGAACUCAGGGGAGAUGUUGUGUCUGAUGAGGGAGACUCCGGUUCCCAGGACGUUCAACGCAGAGUGUCUCGUCGUGAGCUCCAGCGGCGGCGGCUCCUCGUCCAAUCACAGGGCGUGGCUCGGCGGAGGCAGCAGCACCCGGAGGCAGGGCUCCAUCACCGUUGUGGACCUGGACUCCAGCGUGGUGACCACACAGCAGGACGUCGACUCCAGUCCCGUCCUGUGUCUGGCCAUCGUCCAAAUCCCAAACGAAGCGUGCGAUUGGCUGGUGGCGGGCACCCAGUCCGGCUCACUGGUGAUGAUCAGCACCAGGGACACGUCGACGUGGCAUCAUUUGCAGAGCGUCAGCGAUGCUGUCACCUCGGUCUACUUCCACGUUCAUCCUCAGCGCACGCAAAGGAAGAAUUAUUUGCUGGUUGGGACAGCAGAUGGAGUUCUCACUGUUUAUGAGGACUCUGUACUUAUUCAGGAGAACGGUCAGCCGGUUAAAACGCUGAGCGUAGGGAACAGCAACACUCCGGUCAUGUGUCUGGGCCAGUCGGUCCACAGCCUGGACUCCAGGGCUGUGUGGGCCGGAUGUGGGACCAGGAUCCUGUCGUUCACAGCCGACUACGACGUCUGUAAGAGCAUCGACACCAGACCCAACUUCAUCUUCCAGCAGCAGCGGUCUCUGGGCUGUGAAGCAUGUGUGUCUCGUAUGGUUGUGGAUAAAUACGUGUACCUGAGUAAAGUGGGGACGGCAACCGUCGAGGUCUGGGACAAGAGGAGUGAGAGGAUGGUGGACUGUAUCGACUGUGCACAGAUCAUCAGACAUCACUCUGGCUGCAGAAGUCGGCGGGUCGCUGAGGCGGACCUGCCCGUGGAGUCGGCCCCAUCCUGGGCCAGAGUGAAGGCCCUGCUGGUGCAGAGCGCUGCAGCUCUGUGGAUCGGCACCAGGGGGGGCCACCUGCUGCUGCUGGAACUGUCCAAAAACCAGACCCUGCAGGUCAUCGGCCCUCGCUGCGACUCCAUCCGCUGCAUCUCCUCUGCUCUCAUAGAAUCACUAAACUGGAAGAAUGUGGUGCUGGUUUUGGGCAGAAGACUUCCACAGGACAAGGAGCAGUUUGACGAGGAGUCGGUGCUGAUGGUGUGGAACAGCACGAUGCCGAUGGAGGUCCGAGACCUGAACAGACACUGUGAGAAGAGAGAGAUGAUCACAGCCAAAAUGAGAGAGCAGCUCCAGCACGACUGAGACACGGAAUGGACGUGGAAAAGGGAUGGACUCUCCAGUGGAUCAGUGUCACUAAUGCACGUUUAAGGAGAUGUUUUACCUCAUUGUUUUACGAAGCCAUACGUACUUUUCAGCGUGCACUCCAGAACCUGAACGGCGCCUUACGAUGGAGCGGUGACCUUACGAGGUUACGUUUCAGCAGAACUGGAGACAUUUUCCAAAAGGGACAGUGUGUCCGAUGUGCGGUCGUCAGGGUCAUCAGACCUCCUGCUCCUGCUGAAAACAUGUGUUUACCUGCAGAAACUGGAGAAAAAGCCAAAAAAAUGAUGUUUGAAUAUAGACAAAUGUUUUAUAAUUUAUUCUUGUUUUUACCCAUAAGCCCUUGCACUCCCCUGUGCUGCCUGCUUUGUGCACGCUUGUAUUCCUUAUUUGUUAAUAUCUGUUUGACAGAAUAAAUCACUCAAAGCUGUUUAAUGGACUG